AUGGCGGCGGAGCAUAAGUCAUUACUCACGGUGGUUGAGGAUUUGACCCGUGUGAGGUCCGAUAUAUCUCAGCUUCAAGCGACAUUCAAGAAAGUAAUGGAAACAACACCAAAUUGGGAGCAAUACAUGUAUCUACUAAACCUAAUCAAUUCCAAAGGACAAAACUCAGGAGAGACGCUUGUUGCCAUUAAAAAGCUCAAGAGUGUGAUUUUUCUACCUCAGACCAAAGUUGCAGUACGAUUGAAGCAAUUGUACGAACUGGGGAAACUACCAGUAUUGACGGCAUUGACAGAAAUCAAUUUCAAAGCAAAUGCCCAAGAGGAAGCAAAACAGAAGCAGGAUAUUCUUGCAUUUAUCAACAUAAACCCUGAUGAUAAAUCCAGGGCGAUUACCAAUGAGGAAUACACCAACCCAGCUGAUUGGAAAUCAAUCGAGUACUACUCAUACCCACCCACAUUACCACUAAUAAUCGAUCAAUUGUUGCUUCUUCGAGUUAGCACUGAUAAAUCAUAUCGACAACUUGUGGACUAUGUUGAACUGACGUCGGAAAGGUAUACGAAUACUCAUAAUGCAAAAUUGAUUAUUCAAGGCAGAGCAUUUUUAAAGUAUUUGUUAUUAAAAAUUUUGGAUGAUGAGUUCCCCAAUUUAUACGAACAAGAUCUCAACCUUAUACUUAACAGAUUGAUGUCACUGGAGCUACUAGCAAAGUUUGCAUUUGCGUACAAUUUAGUUGACCCAGUUAAGUACAACUUGUCAGACGAUACCAAUGAUGGGUCCACUCUUGAAAUAUGUGGAGGUAUUUUUGCUGCAUACAUUGCUGGUUUGCAAGUCGAACAUUACAAAUUGGAUCAGAUAAAGAUAUGGGUGAACAGACUAUAUAAACCAUUGGUGAAGGAUAUAUUUGCCACAUCGAAUCCAGUAGCAAAGGUUGCCAUUGUUGAAUUCCAAUCUUUGGUGAAACUGAUUACGUAUUUUAAUCAAAUUUCCUAUGACAAUAUCCAAUUUGAUGCUGUUGAACUUAAAACAGAUCCAUUUGUAGCUCAGAUCGAAGUGGAGGGAGAAGUUCUUGGAACAGGUAUUUCUUCAACCAGCUUUGAAGAAGCGAGAGAUCGUGCUGCCAUUGAUAUCAUGGAGAACAAAGAUAAUAUCAUCCGACUUUUUACCAUAGUCAAGCAUAGUUACUUGAGAAAUAGAACCAGCUACGUCCAUGGAACUUUAUCCCCACGAGUGAUUGAACCUGGAAUGGACUCGGGACCUAAUCGCACCCCAGUCGCCUACAGCUACGAACAGUCUCAAAUGAUACCACCCAAAACACAUUCUCCGCAUAUGGUUCACCCUUUGCCUGGGCAAAUACCAAGAGAUGACCCGUAUCCUGCAGCAUCGCAGCAAAUGACCAGAUACGGACAGAGUCCACCCCCACCACCAUCACAGCAACAACAAUACCAACAACAACAACAAAGCUACCAAAAUCAAUCAAGACAACAACCACCUUACCUACCUCGUUCUUUACCACCUAAAGCCUACCAGCAACCGCAAGUUCCAAAACCCAACUUCCUGUCACAACACGACUAUGGAUACACAGAACCGAUACCACACAUUCCCCUAUCCCAUAAAGAUAUUGACAAGCAGGCGAAAACCACAUUACACGCAAUUUUAAAGGCUAGACAUUCAAUUGAUUAUGAAGUAUCACAAUGUGAGACAGAGCACAAAACCAUAGAAUUUUACACCAAAUGUUAUGUUGACGGAUAUGUUUUAGGUGCUGGUGUGGAUACGAAUAAAAAGAAUUCGUCGCAAAAGGCAGCCAUGGCGGCUUUGACCAAUACAACUGCUUUAAGGCGUCUUGGUUUAAUUGAUUAA